AUGUCCAAAGAGGCUUCUAUGUUUCAGGCUGGUGACUUGGUCACCAGCUCAGGCACGACCCACGAUUUGACCGUUCAAGAGCUCCCACUACCCAAAGACUUCCGCUGGGGUACUGCUACUUCAGCAUAUCAAGUCGAAGGUGGCUCAAACCAAGAUGGAAAAGGCCAGUCCAUCUGGGACACGUACACGCAUCUAGAGCCCUCGCGAACAAACGGGACAACCGGCGAUAUAGCCUGCGACCACUAUAAUCGAGUAUCCGAGGACAUUGACCUCAUGGAAGCCUGCGGCGUCGACGUUUAUCGUUUCUCUCUAUCUUGGACACGUAUUAUUCCCCUUGGAGGCCGCAACGAUCCCAUAAAUGAGAAGGGAAUAGCUUUCUACAACGAUCUCAUUGACCGAUUGUUGGCACGCGGGAUUGAGCCCGUGGUGACAUUAUAUCAUUGGGAUGCGCCACAGGCUCUUUACGAUCGUUACAAGGCUUUUCUUAAUACUGAAGAGUUCACUGCCGAUUUUUCUAACUACGCACGAUUAUGUUUUGAGCGCUUUGGUGACCGAAUCAAGAAGUGGGUCACGUAUAACGAGCCAUAUAUCAUCUCCAUCUUUGGUCAUGUCAACGGAACACUUGCCCCGGGACAUUGUGCAGGAGAUGGUUUCGAUACAAAGAAUGAGCCGUGGCGUGUCGGUCAUACGCUGGUUAUCUCGCAUGCUGUUGCUGUUCAGCUCUAUGUAAAGGAGUUCCAGCCUGCGCAACAGGGAGAGAUCUCUAUCGUGCUGAACAGCCAUUUCUAUGAGCCAUAUUCCAAUAAACGAGCCGACAUUGAUGCGGCGCAACGAAGACUUGAGUUCUAUAUUGGGUGGUUUGGCGACCCAAUCUUCCUAGGACAAGAUUAUCCCGCCUCGAUGCGAAACUAUCUGGGCGACAGACUACCCCAUUUCAGCAUUGAAGAGCGCGACCUUCUCCGCGAGACAGCUUCUUUGAAUGCAUUUUAUGGCAUGAACCACUACUCGACAAAAUUCGCCCGUGCUCUCCCCGAUCCUCCCUCCGAAGACGACUGGACAGGCAACAUCGAGGAGGGAGCUGUGAAUGAAGCAGGCCAGGAAAUAGGCCCUGUUUCACAGUUUCAAUGGCUUCGUGUCGCACCCAAUGGCUUCCGCAAGUUGUUGAACUGGGUGUGGAAUCGAUACCAUCUUCCUAUUAUCAUCACGGAAAACGGAUGCCCAUGCCCUGGAGAGCAAGAUCUCGAGUUAGCAAUUGACGACAAGUUUCGCGAAAGGUAUUUCGGUCUAUACCUGGAUGCAAUAUCACGAGCUAUAUACGACGAUGGCAUCUACGUCAAGGGUUACUACGUGUGGACGCUCAUGGAUAAUUUUGAAUGGUCGGCCGGAUAUCAGCCAAAAUUCGGUAUUGUUCAUGUCAACUUUGAAAAUGGCUUGACACGCACGCCCAAGAACUCGGCAACAUACCUACGUGAGACUUUCCAACGAAGAAGACAGGGCUAUAAGAAUUGA